UCACGAAGGUCAACGUGAUAAUAAAUAUGAGACAAGUGUCGAACCUUCUACUCAAAGUAUUGAACCCAAUGAUUCUUAUUCAAAUUAUGAAAAAGAAUUUGAAUCAGUUAAUGAUAAAGAAACUAAGACUUAUCAAGGAAGAUUUGCAAUACCAUUAAUGUCAACUUACGAAAUCAUAGCAGAUUCUGAAUAUUCUACCAUCUCAGCUACAGAAUUAUCUGUUAAUAAUCGAAAUAAAAGUAGCCACCAACUGCAAAGUACAUUGACAGUUUCAGGUUUGCUUCAAAUGUUUGAUAAUGACAAUAGUGAUGAUGAUACUAGCUACUAUGAAGGGAAUUAUAAAAAACCAACAAAGGGCAAGAAAAGACAAAAAAAUAAUGACAACGAAGAUGAAGACAACAAUGAGACUGCCCAAUCUCUUAGAAAAAGGAAUGGAAAGCCCGAAGCUCUGAAAGACAUGACAAACAUUUUUGAAGUUUAUUUGUCUGCUGUUACAGUUCCUCAGCCUAAAGUAACUAUAGCACCAAGAAACCUUACUGAUGAUAAAAGUCUUGCUCGGCUAUGGCAUGAAGAAAUGACGUGUCUUUUUCUUAGAUGUAGAAACCCACCAGAUGGAGCCAUUGAAAGCCUUAUUACUGAAAUAUUUAACUAUGAACUUUAUACUGAGUUAGUACAUGAAUUUAAGGAAAGGAAAUUAGGAGAACAAAUAUCAACACCAUCAAGAUUGGAUAUCAAUGAAUUCAUAACUCAUAAAGUUGGUGAAUGCUUAUUAAAAAGAUAUAUGAGCGAUACUAAUAAAGAUAAGCUCAGGAGGUGUAGAACAAUGGAUACACUCAUUAAAUUAAUCAAAGAGGCAUUUAAAAUAUUUUUUAUCACUUACAAUACGAAAGCAAUUAAAAGACUUGACAAUCUUACGAUAGGAUGCAGAAUUCCGAGUAAGUUUGGUAAAAACAUAGCAUCAAGGAUUUCAAUUUCUCUUACAAAUAGUAGUGAUAGCAAUUAUAUCUAG